GGACAAGAUACGUCAGACACAUCCACUGGACAAACACCAGCAGAUGGCGAGUUAAAGCCAAUUGGACAAGAUACGUCAGACACAUCCACUGGACAAACACCAGCAGAUGGCGAGUUAAAGCCAAUUGGACAAACACCAGCAGAUGAGUCAACUAAGACAUCUAAGCAGCCACCAGCAGAUGGCGAGUCAGAGCCAAUUGGACAAACACCAGCAGAUGGCGAGUCAGAGCCAAUUGGACAAACACCAGCAGAUGAGUCAACUAAGACAUCUGAGCAGCCACCAGCAGAUGGCGAGUCAGAGCCAAUUGGACAGGAUGGGUCUAGUGAACAAACAUCAGCAGAUGCUGAGUCAAAUCAUACUGGACAGGAUAAACCAGCCGAGUCAGAUGAUGAGCCAACUAAACUAGCCGAGUCAGAUAAGCCCACUGAACAAACAUUAGCAGAUGGUGAGUCAAAUCAUACUGGACAGGAUGGGUCUACUAAGCCCACUGAACAAGAUAAGCCCACUGAACAAACAUCAGCAGAUGGCCAGUCAGACAGCAAGUCAAAGCCAAUUGGACAAGACGAUGAGUCAACUAAGCCUACUGGACAAACACCAACUGAACCAGUUAAACCAGCAGAUGAGUCUACUGAGACAGCUCAGACUAAACCAGCAGAUGAGUCUACUGAGACAGAUAAACCCACUGCACAAGCACUAACUGGACAGAAUGGGCCAACUAAAUCAGAUGAUGAGUCUACUAAAUCAGAUGAACUAGCCGAACCAGUUAAACCAGCAGAUGAGUCUACUGAAUCAACACCAGCAGCCACUGAGUCAGAUAAACAAGAUGACCUAUCAACACCAACUAAGAUGGAAGAGUCAAAUCUGUCUGGACAAGAUGGUUCAAGUAAAUCAACUGAACCAGCAGCAGCAGAUAACUCAACUGAUAAAGAUGACUCUGCUAAACCAGCCAAGCCACCAGCAACAGCAGAUGAUGAUAACGCUACUAAGCCAGCAGAUGACUUAGAUGACCCAGCUAAGCUUGUAACACCAGCAGAUGACUCUACUAAGUUAGAUGACGCAGAUGACUCUACUAAGUUAGAUGACGCAGAUAGUUCUACUAAGCCAGCAGAAGAUGACUCAACUGAUAAAGAUGAUCAGUCUACUAAGUCAGAUGACUCUAACAAACUAGUAACAGCAGAAGAUGACUCUACUAAACAAGAUGAGUCUGCCAAUCCAGCUGAACCAGAUGACUCAGAUGACCCAGCUAAGCCAGCAGCAACAGCAGAUGGCCCAGCUAAUCCAGAUGACUCAGAUGACCCAGCUAAGCCAGCAGCAGAAGCAGAUGACCCAGCUAAGCCAGCAACACCAGCAUAUGGCUCUACUAAGCCAGCCCAGUCAAUAACAGCAGCUAAGCCACCAACAGCAGAUAACUCAACUAAUCCAGAUGACUCAGAUAAGUAUACUAAGCGAAUAAUAACUACUGUGCCACUAACAGGUCAGUUGCUACCACCAGGAUAUGAUGACUCUAUUAAGUCAGAUGAACUAGUAUCAGCAUAUGAUGAUGAUAGAGUAUCUUCCAGUGAAAGUACACCAGCAAUAGAUGCACCAGAAGGAUCUCCUGCUGAUAUAACACCAGCUGACGUACUCGCAGAAUUGAAUUUAGUCAAUAAUAUGCAGUGCAUGGCAAAAUCAAAUAUUCACAUAUGGUCACUCCCCAUUGAAAUAGAAGAAAUAAUCACUCAAGAAAUAAGUCAUCCAGUGGGUGUAACUGUAAGUGAUAAUAAAGGACUGGCCCAGUUCCUUAUUAAGCAUAAUUCACACAUAUUCAGAACACCCCCAAAUGAACUAUCUGAUGAAUUAUUCACUCAGUGCAUAAUAAGGACUACUUCAUUAACAAUUGAUACUUCUGUAUAUGAAGAAGGGGACUUAUCCGUACAGUAUAACUGGUCACUAUUUAAAAAUUUAAUGGGGUUUGAAAUAAUGAAUAUUUCUGAAAACGAGCACUCAAAAAAAAAUUGA